AUGCACCAAAUCCUCGAGCCCAUCCUGUCCCUCCUCGACCAGAAAUCUCUCCUCGCCUCAAGACUCGUGUGCUCCACCUGGGCAGCCAUCGCACGACCAUGUCUUUCUAUCGAGGCUAUCUGGAGGGAUUGCUCGCUCUCUGAAGCCAAGAUCGUCUGUCUUGAACGAUUGGUGAGGACGGAUAUCCUUGUUGUUCAGUACCAUCCCAAGAACACCUCCAUCACCACCCCGUCCUCGGCAGUGGGCGCAAAAAAGGACAGGGACGAGGACAGGGACGAGGACAGGGACAGCAUUCUAUUCGGAGAUUUGACACCGCCUCUCGCCACCCUGCAGCGAACAGCGCGUGUGAAAAAAUUGGUCCUCAAGGAUGCGUACGAUUUCCACACAAGGCUGGAGGUAUUUCUGGAGGUCUUCCCAACACUAUCAACACUUGUCCUCGACAAGCUCAUCAAGGGUCCUCUUCGGAUCGACAUCCUCCUCGCGUCUUGUCCGAGUUUGAAAACCCUUUCCGUCGAGUAUGUCCUUACCGAUCGUGUCUUGUGGGGUCCGCCUCCUUCACAGCGGUCUAUCGUCAUUCAGCGACAACAGCAAAAGCUCCUGGGCGAUUCUUUAACGAAGUAUAUCGACCAACCCCUCGCAUCUCGACCACCACUUCGUUGCGGAUACGGAUUGCAGACACUCAUCCUCCGCCAUGCAAUGUCCAGUCAAUCUGCAAUCAAGUCCAUGCUCCAAACCCUACCCUCGCUCCUCUCGCUCGAGAUCCGCUUUUUAAAGAUCCCAAAUUCACACCCCGUGAACCCUCCAAUCUUCCAUCGUCCUACAUUUUUCCGUGACCUUAGUGGAUCAUGUCCAAAUCUCCAACACCUCCACUUUUCAAUCUUCCAUCGCCCCCUCCUCGUCCCCGACUCCAUGACCAUGUGUGAAGCACUCCCGACUCUUACUGGAUUGGGACUCCCUUGUCAAGACCUGGAAUCGUAUCGACAACCGAUCGGGAUCGGGAUCGACGAGACCGAUGCAGGUGGUGUUGGACCGGACACUCCACGGUUGGGUGUACUAGAGUUCUAUGUCAACCAUUUGACGAGACUGGAAUUGCUGGCGUAUCGGUUUUCACAGGAGGACAGUCUUAUCAGCAACUUGCACGCGUUUUUGACGGAAGCGGUUCAUUUACAGCAUUUGGUUGCACCCAAGGUCAAUUACUGGACGGAGUUUCUAGAAAUGAAGGACGUUCAGCCCAGCAACGGAGCUGGCGCCUCUAUUUUGCGAACCACAGCGGACGGCCAGCACCAUUAUCAACAUCAACACCCAGCAACAUCCUUCAUGUCAGCCGCAGCGUCCGGCGCAAACAACUCCCAAUGGUCAGCCUCCAAAACCAAGACCUGGGGUUGGGCCUGCAGGAACCUCGAAACCCUCCACCUAGGCUUCAAAGCCAAGGAAACCUAUACCCCCAACGGUCACGACGAUAGCAGCCCCAGGAAACGUCUCAUCACCGAAGAGUCCCGGAUCCUAUUCGGUUUCAUUGCACGGAUCUGUCCUCAGUUGAGAGAUCUGCAUAUCCGGAAAUACUCUUUGGAUCUGAGUCUUGAGGGCGGGUUAUGUCUAUUGACGCAGUUGAGAGAGUUGGAGCAGUUGGUGAUCUGGAGUCAAACGAAGGGGUUCCGCUUGCGUGAAAAGGAUGUUGAUUGGAUUGGGUACAAUGGCGUUGACGACGUUUUUCUUGCUGGUGGUAGUGGCGAGCAGCAGCAGGAGAUGACAGCGGUCGGAGCGACGGCCGCAUCUGCAGCAGUUACUCCAACGACAUCCACCUCCACCUCACAAUCAACCAUCACGAUCGCAACCAGAACAGGAACAGGAGCAGGAACCAACGCCUCAACAGCACCACCAGUCACGACACCAGCCAUUACUACAGCAGCUCACAAUGCUACAGCUCAAAGCAACAAUAGCACUAACAGCAGCAAUAGUAACCCCAACAGCAGCAACGGUAACCCCAACAGCAGCAGCAGCGCCCCUACCGUCGGCGCUAUCAACCCCAAUACUGGUAGCACCAACAAGGGGCCCAAGAAAAGUAUCAAAGCAUUCCUUUACAAACUAUCCGGUUCUUCCUCUUCCUCCUCAUCGAUACCACCAAAGACUCGCCCACAGCAACAUGUGCCUGUUAUCCAAAAACACCCUACAGAACUCUACACCAACAUGCCAUCGAGGGUCAUGGAAGUCUUCAAAACCGACGACGACUGGCUUGCAAAGAUAACCCUCACCAGGUCCGCCAUUGGAUGGACCAAUUUGGUCGUCGCCACCGCUGUCAGCUCAACGGGAUCGCAACAAGCGGCGCCGCUGUUCGCAAAAAAAGACCAGUCUGUAUACCGCUGCUGGCCACACCUCCGAACAAUGGUUUGGGCAAUCGAUCCCGUGAACAUCUUUCACGACGAACGCGCUUCAAAAGUGUUUUCUAACCUGAGACCCGACAUCGAGUUCAAAGUCCAGAAGUACCUUGAAUAA